AAAGCGCAACACCUAAUGGAUAGCGGUUCAAUGCUACCAGAAUGUUUCCGAUGUGAACAAUGAGGGUCUCUGUCGAUGGACAAAGAAAGUAGAGGUAGCUUUGACACCUGGAGUUCCAGAAUGGUUUCUGGGGUUGAGUUUCGGUGCAAAGUAAAGGUUCCCACCAUCCCUAACCUGCCGACAUUAAAUGAAAUUUCGUCAUCGACUUUUGAGUAUGACUUUUUACACGAAAAGCAAGUUAUUGCUGAUUAUGAUGAGUAUUUCAACGCGAAGAAAAAUUUAAACGAAACACUUUCCACAUCAUUGUGUGCAAUUCCACAAGGUCAAUCAAAUCCAUUACAGGAAAGCAAUAAACAGGGCAUCGAAUUGCCACGCAGUUUUCAUUUCUCUGAUCCCCAGUCACGUUCUUCAUAUAAUUCGUGUCCAGCUUCGGUUAUUGGAACACCUCCACCUGCUGCUAGUCAUCUUGUUUCCGGGAAAAUUUUGGAACCUAGCAUAAUAGAUAGUGGAGCUUCUAGCCAACUGUGUAAAUCAGAGCAGAUGAAGAUUUCGAAUAAUAACCCUGAAUGUUCUAGUUCAGAGUUAAUUCAUAUGAAACCGGACUCUUCUACAAUUUCCACAAUUUGCACAUACUUAAAAGAUUUUGAUAUCCAACCUGACGACCCAUUCACUAUGACUGAACUUAAAACAAUAAAUGAACUUGAGGAACUUAAGGAAAUUUUAAUGCAUGACUCCAUUUCUAGUUCCUGUCAACCACAACCUUAUCAUUCGACAACUAAUGAUAUAAUAAGUAAUGAUAGUGAAGGUUCAUCUGUCACCAACUGUUCGAAUACUCACUCCGUAAAUUCAGAAAAAUUGAGUUAUUCUCCUUUUUCUAGUUCAGAAAACAAACACCAAACUUGCAAAUUUCCAGAAACAACUAAUUCAUUUCAAAACAAUUCUUGUUUCAUAAGUAAUCAUAUAAGUGAUCAUCAAGUUCAAAGACGUGCACAAGAUGUAGCUAUCUCAAAUGGCCUUCAUAAUUCAUCUGGAUUUGGUAAUGCACCUACAAGAUUUAUAAAAUUGUCUAAGCCAUUUGUAAAUUCCUGUGUUCCAUAUAGCAUAAAGUCGAUUGCCUUCACCAAUCAACCUCAAGCCUUCGGUGGUGUCGCUGAACAAAACAGUCUUAUAAACACUGAAAAAUCUCAGGACGUAUUUCAAAUCUCUACUAUUGGUAUGAGAACACCUGAUCCACAUCAUUCCCAGAUAAAGCUUUUAGAAAGUUUGUUGUCAUGGGCAACAAAUUGUGGUUUUUCUCAUUCUCAUGCUCGUCGUCUUUUAGAAUUAGGAGUACAGAAAAGAGCCUUUACAUGUCAAAAUCUUGAACAGAACAAAUUAAUCUUAUUAAAUCUUCUUCAUACCUUCAACUCACUAUUGACAACUUUCUCAACUAAUCAAAAUUCUCAUAAGCUUAGUGAACAAUCAGCUCUUUUGAUUACAGUCACUCAUCCUAAUAAUCUAUUCAAGGCACAACAACUGGCCCGUUUAGUUAUUUAUCUAGAACAGAGAGGAUUCUCACAAGAUAUAGUCUCUCGCUAUAUACAAAAUCCUCAUUCCAUGGAAAACGAAGAAGUGACCAAACUUAUCAACGAUUUAACGACACUUACCAGUACUGUUCAUCAAGUCAAUCCUAUAAAUUUUCCAUCAUCAAAAUCACUUAGCAUGAAAUCCCCAGAAAAAUGAUUGAGAAGACUAUGGAAAGCAUUCUUUCAUUUUCUGAUGUUCAUUGUUUUCAAUGGAAUUUUUCUAAUAUCAAUCGUAUACUUUACUACUAAAGCUGUGAUCAUUAAAGCUUUUCAGAUUAUUUAACAGCUAAACAUUUCGUUUUCUUCCAUAUAAUAUUUGUACUACUUUCGUAUUAUAUUCCCAUUAUGUUUGUAGAUUAUAAAUAGUAAUGAUGAUAUAAGAACGACUCGUGUCAAUCAAUUCUUUUUAUCAGUUUGUCUUUGCCUUUUCUCAGGUUUGUAUCGAGUUCACAGUAAUCAAAACUAUGAGGCUCUAUGUGUUCACUCAUUUUCUCGAUUACAUAUAUGAAAUCUUUUGUAAUUAACUCACAACUAACUACCAGCUGGGAGUUGUUUGAUAUUUUCUUUUAAGAAUUAUUAUAUGUAUACAUAUAUAAGGUAUAUGUAAUUUCUAUUUUUAAAUAAUUCACAGAUGUUUAUUUUCAAGAAUAAACUUAUUCAAAUAUUUCCU